AAGAUUUUCAUUGAAUUCUUCUUUUUCUAUUGUAAUUUAUGUCAGCCUUCAUUUUAGUCAUUAUAUUGUACUGACAGAUUUAGAGUUACGACUGAUUAAUUUAUUUUGAUUGUUAGUUUGUUUUCGUUGCUUUCCUCAAGAUGAUGAAUGCAGAUGACAGUCUGGAAGAAACUCCAAUCGACCAAGAGCUAGCGGAAGUAAAGCCGGACCAAGUGGAAAAAGAGCCCGUGAAAGAAAAACCAGUCAGCGCUAGGUUGAUACUGACUAAAGGCCAGGAGAGUGAUCUGCUGGAGGCCUUCAACUUGCUGGACUACACUGGUGAGGGUAAAAUAAAGGCGGAAGACUUCCGGGUCGCAAUCAAAGCUCUAGGAUACGAACCAACCAAAGAAGAGCUUCAAAAAAUGAUCAACGCUGUAGAUAAAGGCAACAGUGGCAGACUCAGUUUCGAGAAUUUUGAAACCGCCAUCAUGAGGAAAAUAAUGUCUCAGGAUUGCGAUGGCGAUAUUAUGAAGAGUUUCCGUCUUUUUGAUACGGACGACACCGGUCAAAUCGGCUUUGAAAAUUUAAAGGAAGUUAGUCAAAUUCUCGGUUGGCGCCUUUCUGAUGAAGAAAUCGAUGAGAUGAUUGACGACGCCGACAAAGAUUUCGAUGCUGUAGUGUCGGUGCAAGAAUUUAUGAAGAUGAUUAAAAACUGCGUCCAUAUUGUAACUCCUUAGUUCAUAAUUAAUUUCCAUUUUCUGGAAAUAUAAAAUAUUCAUUUAGUAGAUAACUCUUAGUUAGUUCUCUCGUAUAUUUAUUUUUAGUUAUGAUGUUCAACACAUUCUUCUACUGAAUAAAUAAACAGAAUUAAUAAAACA